AUGAACUCUUUUUUUCAGCUGGUCCAGUUGCAAAAUCAAACGAAAGUGCUGAGUGACACAAAGAAAUCUGGCAAGUCAAAGGCAUCCUCAGGCGGCAAUUCGGAUAGCACCAAAUCAAAUGCGGUUCGUGCUCGAGAGAAAGCAGAACGGGCACGGACGCGAGCCGAGAAACUGAAGGGAAAAGCCUACGAAGCGAAAGAGCUGUCCGAAAAGUUGAAGAUGAAGGUUGAAAAGGCGAAAAGAGCUGUAGAGCGGGCAGCUUCUCGAUCUGAUAGGGAUAAAUCACGGUCGGCUUCGAAUAAGUUGGCCAAACUAACCGAGCAAUAUAAAAUAGCCAAUCGUCGUUCGGGUAAGUUACGGUCAUUGGCUGAGAAAGCGACCAAACGCUACAAGAAACUUCUACGGAAAGCGGAAAAGCCGUCGGAAAAGAAGCGUUGGGAGCGAGUGAAGGAUAGCGGCAAGAAUCAUCGUGCCGAUGCGAAUGAAGCCGUGUUGGCGUUACUCCGUAAGGAAAUGGCUCGGAUAAAGGAACGUAUCGCCACUCGGACCUAUAUGUACGAGACAAAGCCGCCAGUGAAAUAA